CUCGGUCUCUCAACGUGGAGUGCCAACGGCAAUGUUUGGCUUUAAAAGGAUUAACACAAAAACAAGCUCGAUUUUCUCUAAUCGCGUUCCGCAUUUCCUGGAAAACAAGUUCGCGCGUUGCGUCGACGCUUCGGGGGGGGCGACACGAGGGGCAAGCUGAGGUCGGGCCGGCGCCGCGUCCGAAAUCCUCUUUGAUGCCCAGGACGACGGUCGUCGGGAGCGGGUGAGUGUCUCGACCGGGUCGUGUCGGCCUCGGGGACCCCCCCCCCCCCCGGCGUCAACGCGGAGGGGUUUCGUCUCGGUCACGGGCCGGGGUCACCUCAGGCGACGGCGUAUGGAAUCCAGACGCGUAGGGGAGGGGGGUGUAGAAUUUGGGGGAGCGACAAUAGCGCAGUUGAAAGUCAUCAUUGCAGUACAAUAUGAGGAGUGUCAAGUAUUGCAAAAUAAAGUCGCAUAAAUCAUUUCGGCCAUUUUUCUGGGAGGAAUCACGGAAUUUACUGGCAACCUUAAAUGGUCAACUUCCUGUUUCAUUUUGGUCAUGGGUCCUCGAGACCUUUUCUUUUGCGAUAGACAGGACCACCAUAAUUUAUUUUUUUUUUUUUUCAUAGUUUCGAAGAGGCGGCACGGUGAGGCAUGCUGGUAAAGCGUUGGCCUCGCAGUUCUGACGUCCCCGGGUUCAAUCCCGGCCCCGCCUGUGUGGAGUUUGCAUGUUCUCCCCUGUGCCUGUGUGGGUUUUCUCCGGGUUUCCUCCCACAUCCCAAAAAUAUGCAACAUUAAUUGGACACUCUAAAAUUGCCCCUAGGUGUGAUUGUGAGUGCGCCUCUUUGUCUCUAUGUGCCCUGCGAUUGGCUAGCAGCCAGUUCAGGGUGUACCCCGCCUCCUGCCUGAUGACAACUGGGAUAGGAUCCAGCACUCCUGCGAGCCUUGUGAGGAUAAGCGGCUGUUGAAAUCGGUGGGUGGAAGGGCUUAGAGCAGGGGUGGGGAACCUAUGGCUCGCGAGCCAUACCUGGCUCUUUUGGUGGUAUCACAUGGCCCGCGGAAACCCUCAUAACGGCAUAGUGUACAUGUGAGUUUGUCCUAGUGGGGUUGCCGUAGUUAGGUGUGGGAGGCAGUGUAAAUAACGUAGAGACAGUUUGGCCUAGUGGAAUUGCCGUAGUUAUUGGGUGAGAGUUGGUUGUCUACAGGUGGAGAAGGGUCGAACGCCGCCGACCGACUUAAAUUAUGGAAAUGCUUUUGACCAAGGUCGCUCAAAGAAAAAAAUAUGAAGUACCACCGAAGUUUUCAACAAGAAUGGACAUCUUUCAUAGAGAUGGAGGGUUAAAUUCCCAGAUGGCGAGUAUGCCGAGGCAUUCGUACUCGACGCUGCCAAUGAAGGUUUUGCCAGCUUCGCAUCAAGACAAGAUCAUCAAACGAACAAAAGACAUGCCUCUGUCGGCGAGAACUGCUCACCAUCGUACCAGCAUGAUGGAAAAUCAAAUUACGCUCACGAUUAACGGAUGGAAAUCUCAACGGCUGCGUGGAGCUUAAUCUUGACGAUGUAUGAAACGGACUAUCAAGACAUCAGCAAAACCAGGAAGCACCUGAAGUCGCAUUCACGGUGAAGCUUUGGAGAGAUUUACUCACAAGCGCCGCUUAAAUCGCCUCCGCGGCGAUGUCGGAUCGCGGAGGAUCGUCGCAAGCGUUUCCUUCCCCGGCAAGCGACUGUCAGGGUGAUAACGCUGACGGGAAUGAAGAGGAUUUCCAUCUUGCUCCAGAAAAUAUGCUGGUUACGGAGAAGACUGAACCUGCCUGCAUGCCACCCAGCAGGACCGAGGUCCGAGCGGGACCCCCUCCUGCGUUCCUGACAGCCGAGGAGACGGACAUCGAUGGAGGUUCCUCUGGUUAACUUCGAAAACGUGGACGAUGCGGUCCUCAACUUGGGCGACCCCAGCGAUUCGGGCUACCCAACGUCGCCCACGUCGGAGGCCAGGGAUCCCGAGGCAUCACCCCACCGCCUGCCCUCCCCGCGCCCGUCCCCUCGCUGGGGCCGCCGCGAGGGUCCUUCCCCUUCCACGCCGUCCAAAGCCACUUCCAGUAGCUGCAGCCUGAUCGCUAAUCUGAAGCUCCUGGUGAGCGGUGAGUCGGGUUCCGAGACUGUCUUCAGCAGGAUGCAAAGGGACUGCUACGACAACGAGGACUUGUUCGAGAAGAUUGGCGUGGAGGACCGAGACCAAAAAGUGGUCAUCAAUGUCUCGGGCCUGAUGUUCGAGACGCACCUGAGCACGCUCAACCGGUUCCCGGAGACUCUACUGGGCGACCCCGUCAAACGAAUGCGCCACUUUGACCCCAUGAAGAACGAAUAUUUCUUUGACCGUAACCGACCUUCUUUCGACGGCGUCCUGUACUUCUACCAGUCUGGCGGGAGGGUCCGAAGGCCAGCCAAUGUCCCAUUAGAUGUUUUCGCCAGUGAGAUCGUCUUCUAUCAGCUGGGCCACGAAGCUAUGGAGCAGUUCCGCGAAGACGAAGGGUUCAUCAAAGAGCCUGAGGUCCUGUUACCCACCAACGAGCUUCAGAGACAGUUCUGGCUCCUGUUCGAGUACCCUGAGAGUUCCAGUGCCGCCAAAUCCGUCGCGCUGGUCUCUGUGUUUGUCAUCAUCAUCUCCGUUGUUAUCUUUUGUUUAGAAACCCUACCGGAGUUCCGCGAGGGCGGAGAUUUCCCUCCCGACGUGGCUCGUGUUGUUAAUGGGACCAGGGAAGGUUCAAGUACUUAUCCCGCUGCCAAAGACGUCCUAGCCUACCUCACGGACCCUUUCUUUAUCGUAGAGACCAUCUGCAUUAUCUGGUUCUGCUUUGAGGUCGGCGUCCGCUUCGCCGCGUGUCCCAGUAAGAGCGACUUCUUCAACAACAUCAUGAACGUCAUCGACAUCGUGUCCAUCAUCCCGUACUUCGUCACUCUGGGCACAGAACUGGCAACCACUCCCAGCGAUGACGCCAACUCCAGCCAAAACACGUCACUCGCCAUCCUGAGAAUCAUCCGCCUGCGCCAUCUUCUUUGCCGAAGUCGACGAGCCCCAGACGCAGUUCGUCAGCAUCCCGGACGGAUUCUGGUGGGCGGUGGUCACCAUGACCACGGUGGGCUACGGAGACAUGUGCCCCAUCACCAUCGGCGGCAAGAUGGUGGGAACGCUGUGCGCCAUCGCCGGCGUGCUGACCAUCGCGCUGCCCGUGCCCGUCAUCGUGUCCAACUUCAACUACUUCUACCACCGCGAAUCGGAGCAAGAGGAGAAGCAGAUGAUCGACGCCGCCACCGAGGCGCAGAAGAGCACGCUGGCCCGCAAGUACGGCAGCGCCGCAUCGCUCGACAAAAGCGCCUGGAGCAUGGAGAAGAACGCAUUCCGCUCAUAAAGCGACAUUUUCCUCCGCUGCGUUUUUUUUUUGUUUGUUUGUUUUUUUUUGUACUGCUACGGCCUUUACCUGAGUUGUCUUCUUUGGGACGAAGUGAAAUAUGCACGAGUCGGCGCAAGAGGAACCAUUUUGACAAAUGCAAAUUCCAUCUGUUCAUUUGCCAUAUUACUGGGCUACUUGUCCAAGAUGGGGAGGGGGGGGGGACAAGCACUACUGGGAAUAACGAAUCCCAAAAGUAAUUGACGCACCUCUAAAAAAAAAAAAAAAACAAUUAUUAUUAUUAUUAUUCUAUAGUUGGAGGACAAUUCCAGCAACAACAUUUUUGAAAAUCAGAUCCUUAUUUUAUCAUUUUUUGCUGUUUUGAAAAGGGAAAAAAACAAAAUUAUUUAGUCCAGCUCAACCACCAACAAUGCACAUUAUAGACAAUUUAUUUGCUAUAUCAUAAAUUUUCCUUUAUAUACCACAACAGAUAACCAAUUUUCUGAAAAACAUAUUUAAAAAUACUGCCAAAUCAAUCAUUUAUCCGUUAAAAUCACACAAAAAAGUAAACGUUUAUCCGAAUUUGUUAUUUUACUUGAUGACGUCGCUUGUGCUCAGUUAUGUUAGCUCACUUUUUUUUUUCCCUUACAAUUUCAGUAGCCAAGUUGCAUGCAUGUUAAGAGGCAACUUCAGAGCAUAAUUAUUUUUCAGUAAAGUAUGGAAAGUGUCUGUGACAAAAUUAAACAUCUUAACAACCGCGAGGAAGACAUUGACAAAAUUCUAACUAGAAAUAAAAUAAAAAAGUUGGACUAAAAAGGUCAUCCAGUUUUGGAUGGACCAUUGGUUCAAACUGUUUGAAAAAAAUGUAGUAAAAAUUUCCAAAAUGUAGAAAAAAGGAAAGAUGUACAAUGCAAAUGCAUCUAUUUUAAAUGAUUAUGAAUAGUUGUAGUAUUUAAAAUGUUAUCUUUGCAGAGGCAUCAUGUUCACUGGUGGAGUCCUGUCCGGCCUGUCCUUGUGACGACCACCCCCCAGCCCCCCCCCCUCCCUCUAUUAACACAACAACCCCAAAAAAUGCAUGUGAGGCUCCAACUUAUCGUAUCAAGCUAAACCGACGACAUGUGAUAUUCUGCAUUGUUUGCACAUUUUAAAUGAGCUGCAAAUUAUCAAUCAAAUGCUACUAGGACGUGAAUGCAUGCAAAACAAAAAAAAAUGUACAUUUGAUGUUUUCUUGCCAGCUGAGCGUAUUUAUGCAAUAUAAAAUCUUUAAAGUACAAUUUAAAAAGCUUUUCAAACGAUUGCGCUGAAUGCUAAUCUCCGCGUGCGCACUUUGGAAGCCUCAGGAAAGAACAUUUAUCAAGAUUUAUAUUUUGGAAAAAAGGAAAUUGGUGGUGGUGGUGAGGGGGCAUAACAAUUGCCUUUGCACACUUGAAACAAUAUGGAUUAUUUAUAUAGGAUGGCAUGCAGAAAUGAAGCUAAUACAAAGCUAUGACAUAACGAAUGUAGCUAAUUAUAAGGAUUUUAAUGCUCUAGUGAUAAUCAAAUAAGACUGUUAGACGUGCAUGCCGCAUUUUAAUCGUGAUAAUGUAGCUCCGUGACGCGGGUAAAUCUUGCAAUAAACUUACUGUAUGCAAUAAUGUUGACAUGUGGGCGUAGGGGAACCCUGUUUGAACCCCGGGAACACCGCAAUAAUUAAAUGGGGAGAAAUAAGAUGUCAGGGCGGCAUCAUUUGGUGAUUUGGCGACUCAGCACUUUAUGUUUGGAGCUAGCAUUUGGGCCACUGACAGUUAGAACGGGCUAACUCCACGGUUGCCGUUUUGCAAGGGGCACAAUAAACGUUUGAGCGCUGACGAACCAGGAGAUGCUCGAGAAUUGGAACUGAAGCUCAAUUUAGACCAGGAUUCGCCUGAAAGAUACGGAUGCCCUUUCUCUAGUCAGUCAUGACAAAAAAAUUAAAUAUAACGGAGUUGGCACACAUUAGUUCUCAGUUGUAACGAAUUGACGAGCGAGUGACGUUUUGUGUUUUCUGUAACGAGUGCCUUCCAUGAUUAAACGUAUGCUAUGAACUGGCUGGUGUCAAGCGCUCAUCAUUUGGAUAUUUGCUAAAAUGGUGAAACAAGCGCAUCAUAAACGAUAACCUACAGUCCACACCAGUUUUAAUGCUCUAAUUUACAGAAUAUAUUAUUUUUACAUUUUUGUCCGUUUUAAAUGAUAGUUUCUAUGUGUAGUGGUUUUGAUUUAACAUUUUCAUGUGUGUCUGUGUAUGUAUAUGUGUGUGUAUAUAUAUAUACAUAUAUAUAUAUAUAGUCUUCAUGAUCUAAUAAUACCUUUGUUUUAU